GAAGGGCCAGGGUGGGGCGGAGCCGUGAACCUUGGCGGCCAGCGGGACAGACCGGCGGUGGAGAGAUUGACAAGCUGCAGGGCAGCUCUGGGGCCCGGGCAGAGUCGGUUGUGCGCGUGGACGCGGGCUGCGGCAACGCGGAGAGCUGGGGCGCCGGGAUGUGGAGCGGGAGAUUCAUUGCCAUCCCACAGUUUGCCUCACAGAAGACUGUCUUCCCACAGAGCCUGGACUGAGGAGGUACAGGGACGUGGAUCCCUGACAUACUGGAGACCUGAGGGUUUGACAUGCAGAUUGAAGUGUGUGGGCAGGCAGAGAGCCUGGCUCAGUGGGGCUGAUGGAACCCUUCCUUUCUUCCUCUGAACUUUAUGGAUCACCAGAACUGGCCUUGAAGCUGGGAAGUGAAAAGGAAGCAAGUCUGCAGGCUGGAGUGUCCACCACACAUGUGCAUGCGUGCGCGCACACACAAGCGCACACACAUGCAGACGCAUGCUGCAUCUUUCCCCUCCUGCUGUCCCCUUGCUUCCUACUUCCAACCUUGGAGCAUUGAACUCUUCUACUGGGAGGAAAGAUGCCACGGAGACCCUGCCUCAGGCCUCCUAGAUUGUCUUCUGGCUAUGAAAUAGGGUCCCAUCACCCCGGAAGUGGGCUGACGUCAGAGGCAGCUGGCAGAAUGGUGGGAUCUCCUCCAUCUAACCCUAGACCCUACCUGUGCAUGGUCCAAGCCACACUGCUGGAUGAAGCUGGGUAUGACUAGCCAGAAUGACUGUGACUGUCAUUUCCCACUCGAGAAGCCCACCCCAGCCAGAAGAGGGCCUCCCUACUGGCCCCUCAGCGGUCUCAGUCCCCUGGAAAAACCUUGGCCCCAGCAAAGGGCCUAGGGAGUCUCCAGGGGGCUUGGUGGAAGCCUCUGCUUCCCGGAAGGAGGCCCAGGCUGAAGAACACUCAGCAGCCGAUCCACUGGACGUGUCGCGCCUGCGCAGCUCCUCCAUGGAGAUCCGAGAGAAGGGCUCAGAGUUCCUGAAGGAGGAGCUAUUCAAGGCCCAGAAGGAGCUGAAGCUGAAGGACGAGGAGUGUGAGCGGCUUUGCAAGGUGCGUGCACAGCUGGAGCAGGAGCUGGAGGAACUCACAGCCAGCCUGUUCCAGGAAGCUCACAAGAUGGUCCGGGAAGCCAACAUGAAACAGGCUGCAUCAGAAAAGCAGUUGAAGGAGGCUUGGGGCAAGAUUGACAUGCUCCAGGCAGAGGUGACAGCCUUGAAGACACUGGUCAUCACGUCCACACCAGCCUCUCCCAACCGUGAGCUCCACCCACAGCUGCUGAGCCCCACCAAGGCCGGACCCCGAAAGGGCCACUCACGUCAUAAGAGUACCAGCAGUUCCCUCUGCCCAGUUGUGUGCCCCACUGCAGGGCAUAUCCCCACCCCAGACAAAGAAGGCAAGGAGCCUGGCCUGCCCCCUCUACUCUCCCUGCUCCUGUGCGUGAUCCCCAGCAAGGCCAUCCACCUCACCUACGAGCCGACCUGGCAGCUCCCAUCUGGGGAGCCGCCCACGGCCCCCAACUCCGCUACCUCUCUCUCCUUUUCCCGACAGGUGGAUACGACCCUGUUUUCAGAGUUCCAGGCUUGGAGGGCAUCACCUACCCUGGAUAAGGAUUGCCCCUUCCUGGAAAGAGUGUACCGAGAGGAUGUGGGCCCCUGCCUCGACUUCACAGUGCAGGAGCUCUCAGCUCUGGUGCGGGCUGCUGUGGAGGACAAUACACUCACCAUCGAGCCUGUGGCUUCACAGACUCUGCCUGCUGUGAAGGUGCCCACUGUUGAAUGUCACAACACCAACACAUGUGCCCUGAGUGGACUGGCCCGUACCUGCCACCACCGAAUCCGUCUUGGGGACUCUGAGAGUCAUUAUUACAUCUCUCCAUCAUCCCGGGCCAGGAUCACUGCAGUAUGCAACUUCUUCACCUACAUCCGCUACAUCCAGCAAGGCUUGGUUCGGCAGGAUGCUGAGCCGAUGUUCUGGGAGAUCAUGAGACUUCGGAAGGGGAUGUCACUAGCCAAGCUUGGCUUCUUCCCCCAGGAGGCCUAAGGGGUGACCCCAGGCCCGAAGUAGGCUCUGAGCUAGAGCAAACGGCUGCCUUGGGACAGACAGUCAAGAAAUCCUGGAGCCAGCUUGAGCCAGAAGCUGAAAGGACAGAUAAACAGCCAGGCUGUAGAGACAGAACUAAGCCAGUCCCAUCCAUUCCUCCUGGGACAGAUGGAAGGACAGCCAGCCCUGGACUUCAUGAGAUGACCCUCUUGCCCAUUGGGCUCUGUAGCCACCAAGAGAAUUUCAAGAAAACACCAAAGACCAAGGAGCUUGGAGCCACAUUGGAGAGAGGCUCAGCCCUAGGGAGGGGACCCUUGAACAGCCAGUACCCCCUCCACAAGUCCCUGCUGCUUACCAAUGCUCUGUUGCUGCCCUGUCUUCAGAACGGGACUGUUCUACUGUGGCUGGAUCUCCAGAGUAUCCACAGCCUCUAAGCUCUGGGUCACCAGCACCCCCUUGUGGCCAUCUCUCACCCUGUUCCCAAGUGGCCUCAUUAGACUUUCCCAGUGUAGGGCAAGUGUCUCUAAUCUGAGCACGGUGAAGGGAUAACUGCCCCCAAAGUGCUCUGAAAAUGAGUAAGACCCUGUCUGUCUCCAUUCUUCUGAAUAGAGGCUUCUCUGACCCUUCCUCUCUACUUCAACCCCAUCUUCAGGAGGCCCUGGCCCUAAAAUUGCCAGAGGUCUGGGGUUCUUUCUUUUCAAAGUGUGCCACUUGGGAGCCUCAGGAUGUAAUCAUGGGCUGCCAUCCAGACCACAGGGGCCCUGUAUGUGGGACUGGAUGGAGUGGCGACAUAGGACCUGGACCCUGCCUGACCCAUCCAUCAUAGCCCACUGGGAACCGGGCUUGGGGUAUCCAACCUGGACAUAUCCCUCACCACGCCCCUAUUUCCUUCAAGUGGAAUGUAACACAAUCUCUGUUUAAUAAAGGAAGGCUUUGUUGGUAGGGGCUAGGCAGCAGUGGCCUUCACUCCUGUGCCCUGGGGCUCUGGCCAGGGCUUGGGCAUCUGAAGGAAUGAAAUCAAAUCCUUUCCUGACUGCCCUCGUGCUUGGGAUUAAACCCAAAUCCUGGAGCCACCCGCCCUGCUGCCACCUUACUUGCUGUUGGGAAGACUGUUGGAGUUGUCCUUAGUAUUUCAUGGGGCUAUGAGGUAGUGGAAUGAUUUUUUUUAUACCAUUCUCUGUGUUCAGUUCUGACCUGUGAGUCCCCUAGCCCUCAGAGAUGACCCCCAGUCUAUUAGAAGCCUGGAGUCCAAAGCACUGGGGCUUCCUGGGGCUUGGCAGGCCAGUGUAAGAUUGAUUGGUGCCACCUGCCAUAGGACCGUAGGGACUACAGAAAUGCUGAACUGCCUCACCCCAACCUUAGAUGGGUUUUUAGCAAGGCAUGGCAGACACAAGUGGAAAGAAGAGGGGGUAACCAGGGUCCUCAGAGACCUCAAAGCAGGACUGAGAUGUCCCGUGGUUCUUGCCUCUGCCCCACCUGUAGGGCAGCUCUGUGCUUUCUUGGAAGGAGGAUGCGGCUCUGGGUUGGGUCAGAGGUUGUCAGCAGCCUACAGGAACUUCUCGAUUGGCCUGAGACCCAGGUGCCUGCCACUCAGAUGGUAGAUCAGUGGGGGGCUGGCCAGAGCUCGGUCAAGGUCCUUUGCCCUCACACAUUCUCUGGUCAGUAGCCUGUUCCCACUUUUCUGCCUCCGCUGCACGCUGUGUCCUCACGUCCCCUCCCUGCUCCAUUAUGACUCCAAUCCUUUCCUGUCUUCCCAGUCCCCAUAGACACCUGGUCACUGACUAGACCCCUGUCACAUCUACUCAUGCUGGACGUUGGAAACAAUAAACAUACCAGUAAUACAUCCGGGUCACUGGAUGGGAGAAAGUAGAGACAAAGGAGAAUGUCGGGAAAGACUUGGUGUCCCAGAUGGGAUCCCCAUGGCAUCCUCUAACUAUGCCAAACCUUGUUCACCUGGGGACAAGGGAGGAUGAAAACCUGAGUGCUGGACUUAAUCAGUCCCUGACUUCUGUGUUCUGGGCUCAGCCAUAUGCAGGACCAAAGAAACACCAGGAGGCACUCUGGAGGCCCGUGGAGGACCCUACUCCCCUGACCGGCUUGCCUUGCUGCUACAAAACUUUGACCAUGAUCAGACCACAGGUGGGGUCAUCAACACACCUUGGUAACAGCAAUUAAUAGCUUAGCACUAGUCAUAGCUCCCAGCCCUCUCUGAACCCAUUAUUUCAGCCUCUUAGCAAUGUUAAAACAUGCUGUUCUCCCUCAUGUAAAUGGAUAGAGGCAUUGGAAAGAGGCCCCAAGGUUGGGGUUUAUUUACCUCAGUGGUAGAGGCUUGCCUAGCAAGCACAAGGCCCUGGGUUCAGUCCCUUGUUCUGGAAAAAAAAAAAUCACCAAGAGGUCCUAAGUCUCUGGGCUCCAUAGUAUGAACCCACCUCUUAGUGUUUUGUUUUUAUACCAAACACUCCAAGUGUGCUUAGGUUCUUUGCUUCUGUAACUGAUGCAGAAGGCUAGGGGUGUAGAUCAAUGGUAGAGUGCUCAAGGCUUGGAGUUUGGUCCCCAGCACCACACACAACAAAAGAAAAGAAACAGUUGAGACAGGGAUGGCAUUUGAAGCUAGGUUUGUUUCCUAUACGCUAGCCUGUUAGGGUUGACUGUGCUACCAGACCCGGGAAGCAGCUCGGGGCUCUGACUCUUGGGAGAUUAACUGCCAUCAGCCACACAGUUGUUCUUAAAUUCUCUAGAUUACCCUCUUGGGCUUCUAUGAAUACUUGGCACAUAGGAAUCAUUUGAGCCCUCCUUGGCCAGCCCUGAGUCUGGCCUCUAGGCAUGAAGGCAUCGAACCUGACUAAGCACAUUUACCUGGGGCUGCACCUUGAGAUAUCUCACUUUGCCAUCUGCCAAACCUGCCCUGAUUUGAAUCCUGCUAGGGCUGUGACCUUGGAGCAAGUUGCUUUUUUCAUUUAUGAGCUGGGAUUACGAUCCCCCCCCACAAUCUUCCCUUAUUUGUUUAUGUAUGCAUGAAUUCAUUUGGUGUUUGUAAGUGGUGUGUGGUGUGUGUGUGUGUGUGUGUGUGUGUGUGUGUAAGCGCGCGUGCGCUCCAGAAGACAACCUCUGGUAUUGUGUUGGUCCUUGUCUUCCCCCUUGUUUGAGGCAGAGUUUUUUAUUGUCCAUUGCUGCAUAGGCCAGGCUAGCUUCUGGGAAUUCUCCCAUCUCUGCCUCCCACCUUCCCAUUAGGAACACAGGGAUUACAGGCAUGGACUACUGGAUCGAGCUUUACACAAGUUCUGUGGAUCUGGACUCAGGUCAUCAGGCUUGCACAACAAGUGCUUGACCCACAGAGCAAUCUCUGCCACACUUACUCACUUUUGAAAACAUGUAAUCUUAGCCAUGUUUAAGUGUGGAAUUAUAGUUGUGUUAGGUAUAUGCACACUGCCAUGAAACCAAUCUAUAAACCUUUUGCAUCUUGCAAAACAAAAGCUAUACUCAUUAGACAAUUCCCUGUUUCUCCUGUCCCUAGAUGUGGAGAGCAGCAUUUCACCUUCUGCCUCUGUGAAUAUGACUCUUCUAGAGACUUGCUGUAAAUGGAAUUAUAGCACAUUCAUCUUCUUUUGACUGGCUUGUUUCAUUUAAUGUAAUGUCCUCAAUAUUCAUCCAUGUAAGAUGACAGGACUGACUUCUUAAGACUCAGUAGUGUUCUGUUGUAUAUGUAACACCCUGCUGAAUCUGUCCAGUCAUUGGAGAUAGACAUGGGCUGCUGGUACCUGUUGUGUAGGCAGAUAUCUCUUGGAGACCCUGCUUAGAGUCUUUUUGAAUAAAUAACGAGAAGUAA